AUGAUAAAAGGGCGAAGAACGCGUAAUGCUGCAAAAGUUCCCAAACCGCUGGCAGAUGAUACAGCCAGUCCAAAGCGGAAGGAUUUCAAAUAUAGAGAUAGCAAUGACAAUGCAUCAGAACAUGUUGAUAAAAUACCUUCGAAGCAUAUCGUUGAACCAAUGAAGCUGCGCGGUGGUCGGUUGAAAACAAUUGAAAUAUCCCAAUAUCUUCAACCAUCACGCUCUAAAUCAAACUACGACGCGUUGGAUUCAAAUGCGCUAUUGAAAAUGAACCAUCCUAAGCAUAUAAUCGAUGAGAAUGCAUGCGAUUCUUUUGAGGGUCAAUCAUCAAAUACAAGUGAUCUUUGUCUGAAUACUAAAGUGAAGAACAACAUGCGCCAAGAAAAUGAGACACUUGAAUACGUAAAAUACAACCCGAAAAACAAUAACAAUAUUUUCCUGCAGGAACCAGUGUUAAGCUUAAACCUAGCUAAUGUCUCGACGACACCAAAUCGAACGCUCAUGAUAAUGCACAACACUUUCUUAACGACUCCUGAGAUAAAACGUGAUCUCUUCACAUCGCCAUCGCAACCAAAGAUCGAUUCCUUAUGGAAAGGUGUUACUACGACCACAAAUAAUAAAUGUAUAGAACAUCAGCCCGAAACCUCAAUCAACAGUCCUGAUCAUCAUAUUCUAGAUCUGUCUAAACCGACGCAAGUAACACAAGUUGAUUCUACUACCACCACUGCUAUGGAAAGCUUACUGCAUGAAGAAAGCAAUUCUUGUGAUAGCGGUGAUAGCGGCGUUGUUAUCCUAUCAGGCCCAGAAGGAAACGCUACUUCUUCUGUGCCGUUAAUUACCCAACCAAAAUUAUCUGUGAUCGGUGACCAAUCAAAUAGUGCUGAAAAAAGAAAGAAACCUACUACGCCACACCGCAUUCUUUGCCCAUCACCCGUAAAGAAUGCUAUUGUGUUCCUCCAAAGUCCUUCAGGAUUGUUGAAAUCGUCAUCAUUGAAAAGCAGCAACAAUAGUCGUCGAGUUGGAGUAACUCGGAAAAGGCUUGAUGUACAAGAAACAUCAACCAUUUCGAUCAUGGGACGAGAGAAUACAGCCAUUGAUGAAGUUGAAGCUAAACAACAGAAUCCGGGUGAAGUUAAUGAUGCAUUGAGAGAUAAACAAGCUAAUGCUGCCAGAAACAUCGAUUCACAUACUAAAAACAGUCAAAAGUCUUGUGUACCAGUUUAUUCAAAAUCACAUAAUGGAGGAAGUAAAAAGAUUACAGAAUACUAUCCGAUACGGCGCAGUGUGCGAAAGACAAAAAAAGAAGUGCAAGUUGAACGGGAUCAAGAUAUUGAACGCGCAAUCAGAGAUCAACGAGAAGAAGGGCUCAAGAUCAAACUAUUUGAUGGUAAAGGGCGUGGUAUUGUAACAACACGACCUUUCUCGAAAGGAGAGUUUGUUGUAGAAUAUAUAGGAGACUUAAUUAGCGUAUCGGAAGCAAAACAACGAGAGCAAAUUUAUGCGAAAGAUGACAAUACUGGAUGUUAUAUGUACUACUUUCGUCACAAAAAUCUUCAACAUUGCAUCGAUGCUACGGCAGAAAGCGGAAAGCUGGGACGAUUAGUGAACCAUUCGCGAAAUGGCAACUUACUCACCAAAACGGUACCGCUGAAUAAUAGACCACAUCUUGUUCUCAUUGCUAAAGAAGAUAUCGAUGUAGGUGUAGAGGUCACAUAUGACUACGGUGAUCGGUCAAAAGAAGCGUUGCAGCAUCACCCAUGGCUUGCAUUAUAAUUUUCAAACUUAUUGAAAAAUAGACCACAUCGUAUCCUCAUUCCCAAAGAAGAUAUCGAUGUAGG